AGAUGACUCCCUCUUCAACCAUAUCUGCGGCUACUUAGCACUCUUCCUUUUCAAAGAUCCUGCUCAAGUUUUUUAUCAGUCACUGCCUUCUGUCCACAAGAAGCCAGAGAAUUUCCUUUGGCUUUAAAGGGAAUUGGGCUCCAUCUGCUACAUCAGAACUGAGAAUACCCAAAUUAAAGACUAUUUGAGCCAGGGCAAGUAAUAACCAUGGAGGAUAACCCCACUGUCAUUAAGCUAGACACUUCAGAAGGAACUGAUUCAUCAUGGCGAAGGAGAAAGUUCAUUCCCAGAGCCAUUCGCUAUGUGACCGGAGAUAUGAGAGAAUAUGCAGACUGGCUCAAAGACAAACCUAUCAUACUUCAGUUCCUUGACUGGAUUCUUCGAGGCAUAUCCCAAGUGGCACUUAUUAAUAACCCCAUCAGUGGGAUCAUAAUCCUAAUUGGGCUGCUGGUCCAGAGUCCCUGGUUUACUCUCACAGGGUGCCUGGGAAAUAUAGUGUCUACACUUACAGCCCUCCUGCUCAAGCAAGACAGGUCAGCAAUAGCAGCUGGACUUCAUGGUUAUAAUGCCACAUUGGUGGGAAUACUCAUGGCUCUUUUCUGCUACAAAGGAGACUAUUAUUGGUGGCUCUUAUUUCCUGUGAUUGUCAUGUCCAUGACAUGUCCAAUUUUUUCUAGUGCAUUGGGCUCAGUGCUCUGUAAGUGGGAUCUCCCUGUCCUCACCCUGCCUUUCAACAUGGCAUUAUCAAUGUACUUGGCAGCCACUGGACACUACAACCCUUUCUUUCCUACCAAGUUACCUGCAACAUCGGUUCCCAAUGUUACCUGGUCUCAUAUCAAUGUCCCUGAGUUACUCAAAGCCAUUCCAGUGGGAAUUGGUCAGAUCUACGGCUGUGAUAAUCCUUGGACUGGUGGCCUUUUCCUGUUUGCCAUUCUCAUCUCCUCCCCACUCAUGGGCUUGCAUGCAGCGAUUGGAUCAAUACUGGGGAUCAUAGCAGGACUGACUCUUUCAGCUCCAUUUGAAAAUAUCUACCUUGGAUUAUGGGGCUUCAACAGCUCUCUGGCCUGCAUUGCAAUAGGAGGAAUGUUCAUGGCUCUUACUUGGCAAAGUCAUCUCCUAUCACUUGCCUGUGCUCUGUUUACGGCUUACCUGGCCAUAGCGUUAACACACAUGAUGGCUGUGUUGGGGUUGCCAUCAUGCACCUGGCCCUUCUGCUUAGCCACACUCCUGUUCCUCUUGGUAACAACAAAGAAUCAUUCAAUCUACAAACUGCCACUGAACAAGGUGACUUACUGUGAAGAAAACCGCACCUUCUACCUGACAGCAAAGAAAAAGUUAGCAGAAAGUCCUUUGUGAUAGAAGGACCAAAUCAAAGCCAAUCUGUCUGAUUUUAAACCAGACAACACCAUCAACUUGCAGUAUCUGUAAAUUAAUAUCUUCUACUGUCGUAGAAUCUUUUAAACUAACCAUACAGCAAUUUGCUACUAUUUGCUCUUGAUAAAAAAAAAAUCCAUCCUUUUCUCUUCCAUGUAGCUUUCUGUUAAAGGUCAAUAAGAAGUCUUUGAUUUAGGCUUAUAUAAGCCUAGACCAGCAAAACUACGUCUCUCUGGGUCUCAAUUUUCUCAGCUGUAAAAUGAGAAAGUUGCAAUAUAUGACCUCUAGGUUCCCUUUCAGCUCAAAAUCCAAUAGACCUGUUCCUGUGACCGGGAGCAAGGGGCUGUGGUUUUAUAAAUACUUGAUUUGGAGAAGAGUUGGAGAAUAAAAGGAUGUAUUGGUCAUAGGCUUUAACAGCCUCCCACUUACUCAAAGAUAAGAGGAAGUGAGUACAAAAUGUGUUAUUGCACCUCUGUGUAAUAGGAUGGUUGUAAUUAACAGAUACAUAAAAAAUAUUAACAGUAUUAAUAAUAUUAAGUCCUAUAUUAAGUCCUAUAUCUAACUAGCCUUUAGUUAAUAAAACUCAAAGCAGCAGAAGGCCCAAAGGUCAUCUCAAAUAGAAAGGAAUGUACUUAAAAAAUCCAAUGCUGGCUACACAAUGAAGUCUAAUAUUGUGGACAUGGCCUAGUGAAUAGUCACUACACCUAAAAGAGUCUCUAUGUAAUUGUAAAAAGUGAGAUCAAGUUUUUGUCCAUUGUUACUUUAUAUUCUCCCGAUUUCAGGGCUCCUUAGCUUUGAGUUGUUUUCCCUCUCAGGACAGAAGCAGAGUAGGAGGGAGAUGGGAUUGGAUUAAUAUCUCUCCUAUAUUAUCACUCUUGUUGGAAUCUAAAAAUGACUUCAAAAACUCCAUCUCCUGAGAAUAAAAUUAUUUUGAAGAGAAUAAAAUGAAUGAAUUUCUCUUCCCAACUUCAAUAUCUCAUUAAAUUCAUAGAAAAGUUAUACAUUGAUUGAAUUUGCCUUUGAAAUGCUUGACAGUCAAUUUAUUUUAAAUUGAUAAAAAUCAUUUUGAAUACACCAUGAAUAAGAGUAAAAGGAAGUUGGUAAUUCUUUGCAAUUUACAGUCACAUUUUUCAGAUUCAACAUUUUAAAAAAUAUUUUCAAAGACAGGCUUUUUCCAUGGGGUAUGAUUACUUAUUGAUGUUACUUAUUGAAUUAAUAGUCUAUUAAGUUAAUAACUUUUAUACUAAAAGCAUUUUCUCAUUAAUUUAUGUAGAAUGAUACUAUUAUGCUUUCAGAAACCAAAGGAAUUUAAACUUCCAAAAGAAUGUAGAUGAUAGUAUCUAUGACAUUUGGAUCUAUAUGCUAGAAUAUGCAUCAAGAAUUCCUGAAAUAGUUAUAGAGCAUGAGCCCAUCACUGUGAUGGUUGAUUGAGCUGUCUGCCGGCAUCAAGCCGUCCAGUGACCAUUUAAAUUGGUUAAUUAUAUUUUUGCUUUGACAUCUCAGCUAGCUUGUGGCCGGGAAUGCAGGAACAAUGAAAGCAGUGGAUGUAUCCUCUUUGGGACACAUCCUCCUUUUCAACAUAAGAAGGUCUCAAGUAGCAACUAGAAGACACAAAAUAUAUUGCUUUUCCAAAAAAAAAGAAAAGAAAAAGAAAGAAGAGGAAGAGAAGAGGAGGGAAG